CGCGCGCGCGCUCCCGGCGACUAUAUCCAAAAGAGCCAAGGUUAGCUCAAGGUCAACUGCAACCCUUUGAUCAUUGCUACAACCUGGUACUCCAGUCAGUUAUCGAUUGUCCGAUCGCGGUGGUGCCGUGCGUGCGACGAUGAGCUCCACGGGCAACGGCUGCAAGAAGGCGUCGUGGCCGGAGGUGGUCGGGCUGCCGGCCGAUGAGGCCAAGGCCGUCAUCCUCAAGGACAAGCCUGACGCCGACGUGAUCUUGGUGCCUUUCGGGAUGGGGGUGCAGCAGGACCUCAGGCUAAACCGCGUCCGCGUCUUCGUCGGCACCAUCGCCAGCGUGGUGACCGUCGUCCUCACCCCCCAGCCUGGCUAGCUAGGGAGGUACGGUUAUAGCUGUAGCUCUACAUGUUCGUCUCGUGUUUGCUCCUCGCUCAUGAAAUAAAUUCAUAAACUGUGACCAUCUUGCAAGUUGAUUUCAUGUAUGUGCUACCCUAUUGUUCAAUGUUUAUUUGUGAGCUUCAGUUCAAGACAUGUAAUGCUGGACACAUUGAAUUUGCACCUGACUGCAAGGGCAAUGCAUUGUACUUGAUCAUGAUCCAGAAACAAUCAAAUACAGCUUCUCUUCCA